AUGUCAUCGUUACAGGAUCUCCUCAAUCCUGUUUCGUCUGGCCCUUCGUCCCCCGUCACAACACGUCUCCCAAGCCCUCCACCUGUGCACAAAUAUGGACUCGCGACCAAUACGCAAGAAGCUGCCAGCGCUCUAGUAUUAUUUGCAGAUCACCAUCAUCGCAAUUCCUUUAGUCUUCCUAAUAAUGAGCACGAUGGUGAUCGGUCUCCUGUAACCCCUAUAGCGACACACCAUGAUUCCUCGUCUUCUGAUACGGUUUCCUCCUCUCCGGUACCACCUGUUUCUCCACGUCGAGUGGCUCCUAUGAGAAACUCUGCGGUACACAAAUCAUCAAACGACUUCACCCAAAUUCUUCGUGCCAGCAGCUCAGAGCGAGAUGCUGAUGGAGAUGAGGAAGAUGAGGAAAUGGGCGAGGACAAUGUUAAACCGCAGGGCCUGACUGACUACCGUCUUUCGCCGACUCCAAUGGUCCAGGAGGGCUUGCGCUCUUCGCCACCUGCGGCAUCAGCAUCCCCCCCACCUUCUACCGUUUCACAAAAUCUUAAAGAUGUUGUAACCACCAGUAUUACUGCCAAAUCUAAGAAACGCCCAUCGGCAAAAAAUGUCCCCGCAAAGAAGAAGGGAAUUGCAAAGCCCCAAAAGAAGAAGCGGAAGGUUGACGUAGAAGAGGAUGAUCUGGAAUCCGAGAUUCCUGUCAAUGGCCAGCGACCUGCCAGUAUUCCACCGAGACGCGAAACUGAGUCCCCGCCGCCAACAAAAUCAUUACCACCUCUCCCAUUAUCACCUCUCCCGAAGUAUAAUGCCGAAGGUAUGGAACUUUAUUGUGUCUGCCGGAAACCUGAUUCUGGAAAAUGGAUGAUUGGAUGUGAUGGUUGUGAGGAUUGGUUCCAUGGGGAAUGCAUUAAUGUUGCCGAGAAAGACGGGGAUUUGAUUGAUAAAUACUUUUGCCCUCGCUGUGAAGUUUCUGGUCACGGAAUUACCACAUGGAAACGGAAAUGCCGUCUUCCAGUCUGUCGUCGUCCUGCACAAGUGGAUAAACGCCCAAAACCAUCAAAGUACUGCUGCGAUGAACACGGCAUUCAAUUCUUCAAACUUCAAACUGCUGCACAAUUGUCUCGUCCCGCCAUCUCAUCAUCUGAGUUGGCCGUCGUUGCCAAUGGUGUCUCUUCCGCCACCGAGUUCCGUCGUAUUGGUUACCGCAUGCCAACACCACCACUAUCUGACGAGAAUUUCCGUGACUAUCCGGAAGAGAUUGAACGUCUUGUAGCAAUUGCCAAGGAGCGUGAGUCGUUGAAAAACCAAAGGCAUCUUGUUGAGGAUCGUGGGCGUUAUCUUGACUGGACACAUCAGCGGGCGAAGCGCAUUCAUGAAGAACUUAAAGCAGACCCAGAAUCUAGAAAUGUCGGGAAAGAGAUCUGCGGAUAUGAUGAAAGGUUUGCACUUGGUGAGGUUGAGUGGGCUGCAUGGAGGAACUCUGAGGAAGGAAAGGAAGUCUUCAAGGAAGAGAGGAUACCAGGGAGGGAGGGCGUUUGUCUCAAGAAGAAGUGUGAGAAACAUGGCCCAUGGAGACCGCUCUUCAUGGAAGAAGCCCAGCUUCAUGAGAGACUGCAUCAGGAGAGACUUGUUCAGCUGAGACAAGAAGAGAAAAAGAUCAAAGAACGCCAAAAGAGAAGGAGUGUAAGAGAUAACCGCGAGGGAACUGUUGAGAAGUUAAAAUGA